AUGUCUGAUAACGUCGCCCAUGCUAUUGCAGGUGCUGGUGGUGGCAUUGCCUCCAUGGUCCUAACCUACCCACUUAUCACCCUGUCUACCCGGUCUCAAGUCGAAGCCAAGAGAGCCGAAACAUCGGUUCUUGAUGCCGUUCGCAGGAUUAUCGCCCGUGAAGGUGUUUCUGGAUUAUAUGCCGGAUUGGAGUCGGCCCUGUUUGGGAUCAGUGUGACGAAUUUUGUGUACUACUACUGGUAUGAGUUCUCCCGAGGGGCCUUCGAGAAUGCCAAUGUCAGGAGAGGCUUGGGAAAGAAGUUGUCAACGUUGGAGAGCAUGGCAGCUGGAGCUUUGGCUGGGUCGGCAACUGUAUUGCUCACAAAUCCUAUUUGGGUCGUCAAUACUCGCAUGACAGCUCGCAAGAGCGAGGCGUCCUCCGACCUACCUACUCUUGAGAACCCGCGGCCAACAAAGCCGCUUGGAACAUUUGGUGUUCUUCGACAGCUGCUCAAGAACGAGGGUUUCAAAGCCCUUUUCGCCGGUGUUAUUCCAGCGUUGGUGCUUGUCAUUAACCCCAUCCUCCAAUAUACCAUCUUCGAGCAGCUCAAGAACUUUGUUGAGAAGAAGAAAGGAAGAAGACUUGCACCUAUGGAUGCUUUCUACUUGGGUGCCAUUGGCAAACUCUUUGCUACGGGUAUCACAUACCCAUAUAUUACCGUCAAGUCGCGGAUGCAUGUCGCAGAAAAGGCCGAUAGGGACCCAAGCGUUUUUGGGAGUCUGCAGAAGAUUGUAGACGAGGAGGGAGUUAGCGGAUUAUACAAGGGCGUUGGGCCUAAGUUACUCCAAUCCGUUAUUACAGCAGCUUUCCUGUUUGCUUUCAAAGAUGCAUUCUACAGUAUGACAAUCAGGGCUCGGGCUAAGGCAAAGUUGGCGGCCUGA